AUGAGUCGUAAAGAUACAUGGGAAUGGAAAAUUGCCAAUAAAAAAAAGAGUGGGUGGAAUGUUGAUAACGUCUCUACACCUUUCUUUUUCACUAAUUUUCUUGUUGACAUGGAUAAUAAGCAAUUGUGGUCCAUAUGUGAGAAGUAUGGGAGGGUUUCAGAUGUUUAUAUUGCCCGGAAAUUGUCCAAGGCUGGGAAAAGGUUUGCGUUCGGUAGAUUUCUUAGAGUUCAGGAUGAGAAAAGACUUGAAUUGAAGCUUCAGGACUUAUGGAUUGGCAGCUCUCAUGUUUUUGUCUCCUUGGCAAAGUUUGGAAGGGAGGAUAAUCGUUUGUAUGGGGAGUCACAGGUGCAUGGGCCUGCUGUUGGUGGCGGUAGUAAUACUACCCAGAGAGCGACUUAUGCUAAUAUUGUGAAGGGUGAUGCUGUCAAACAGAAUAAAGCUGAAAAAUCUAUUACUCUUGAGAGUAAGGAUAUAAUUAACAACUUGGCUGUAAAACCAUCAGUCUUUUGUCAAAUAAGAAGUGUUAGGUUGAUCCCAAAGUUAUUAGUUUUGUUGAAAGAGGAAGGGUUCCAUGAUUUACAAAUAAAAUAUUUGGGUGGUGAUUGGGUUUAUGUGGAGUUUGAUUCAGAUUUGUUGUGCUCUAAAUUUAAGAAGGCCUCCUCUGUUCAUGCUUAUUUCUCUAAUUUCAGGCCGGUGGUUAAUGGAUUUAAAGUGGUAGAGAGGGUUAUUUGGAUUGAAAUACUUGGAUUACCAUGUUGUGCAUGGAAUGAUAAUGCAGUGAAUAAGGUGGCAGGUAUUUGGGGUGAAGUGUGUUUCUUGGAUGAUGAUAAUCAAGCUCCCUUGGCAACUAAAAGAGCAUGUAUAAAAACAGCGCAGCCCUCUUUAAUUCAGGAUAAAUUGUCUUUGGUGGUUCAAGGAAUUAAGUAUGAUGUGGUGGUUAGAGAAUUGUCAAAUUGGGAACCAGAUAUGCUAUGUAAUGAAGAUGAUCUAAGCUGUGAUAUUCCUUCUUUAGCGAAUGAUUCGGAUAAGGACGUUAAUGACUUUGAUGAUGGUGUAGCUGAAGAAGAAGGAGAAAUGACACAUAAAGAGAGGAGCUCCAAUUCGGUGUCACUAGAUGCUCCGAUGGGUGGUCCGAUUGAUGUUAAUGAUGAUCAGAGAGGUCCUGUAAGUUGUUUAAUGAAUUGCAUGCCGUUGAAUAUAUAUAGCACUCAUUCUUCUCGUAAGAGGAAUUGGGUGAAGUCUUUGUGUGUUCAAAAUGGUGUGACGUUUUUGGGGUUACAAGAAACUAGAAUGACUCAAUUGGAUCUUUUCAAAGUUAGAAGUAUGUGGGGGAAUUGUAACUUUGAUUUUGCUUUUAGUAGCGCUCGUGGGAGAUCCGGGGGUAUUUUAUCGAUUUGGGAUCCAAAUAUAUUUAAAAAAUUUAGUAUUGUUUGUACUAAUAAUGUGGUUAUUGUUCGAGGCAUAUGGGUCCCUUUUAAUAUGGAAUGUUGUAUGGUGAAUGUUUAUGCUCCUCAAGAUAUCAUAGAGAAAAGAUUACUAUGGAAUUAUAUCUCUUCCUUUAUUACUAGAUAUGGGGGUAACUAUGUAAUUUUUGGUGAUUUUAAUGUGGUUAGAAGUGUUGAGGAGAGGUUUGGGUCAGUUUUUUGUUCUUCUUCUGCUGAGGAUUUUAAUAAUUUUAUAGAUGAUGUGGGGGGUGUGGAUGUGCCUAUGAUUAGGAAGCGAUUUACUAGGGUUGACUCUUCUAAUGUCAAGCUUAGUAAGUUGGAUCGUUUUUUGGUGUCUGAGGAUAUUUAUGACCGGUUCCAGGGUUUACAGGUGGCAGUGUUGGAUCGGUUAUGGUCUGAUCAUUGUCUUAUUUUGUUGCAUGAAGUUAAGGUUGCUUAUGGUCCUCCUCCUUUUAGAUUUUUUAAUUCGUGGAUGGAGUUGGAUAGGUUUGAUGAGAUGAUACGAUCAAGUGUUUCAGAGUUUGUGGUGAAUCAAAGCUGGAGUAAAUUUGUUGUGUUCAAAAAUAAACUCAAGUUUAUUAAGAAUAGGAUUCGGGAGUGGCGUGCUCAGACCAAGGAGAUCCGUGUACAACAGAAGAAUGAUUUGAAGACUCGGUUGCAUGAUAUUGAUAUUAGCAUUGAUAGUGGUGAUAUCUCUACUCAAUUAUGUAAUGAAAGAAAACAUGUUCUUGGGUCUUUGGCUUCUAUCGAAAGUCAGGAGGUGUCGGAUUUGGUUCAAAAAACAAAGGUGAAAUGGUCUAUUGAAGCUUAUAAUACGCGUUCUUUAGGAGGUAUGGGAGUUUGGAAGAGAAUUGUGGAUUGUAUUAAGAAGAUGGAAAGUCAAGAUGUCUUAACUCCUGAAUCAAUUUCGAUUGUUGUUGGUGAUGGGUCAGUGGCUCGGUUUUGGGAAGAUGUUUGGUGUGGAGGUGUGUUAUUUAAAACCCAAUUCCCUAGGCUGUACUCGUUAUCUUUGAUGAAAGAUGGGUUGGUCGCGUAUUUCUGGACUUCUAGUGGGUGGAACUUCUUUUGGAGACGUCACAUUAGAGGUGGAAUUGAAGCUGAACAGUUUCAGAGUCUUAUGCAGAUUUUGACUCCUAUUCAGCUGUCUUCUACUCCCGACAGGUGGUCCUGGAGUCUCGAUCCAAGUGGGGUGUUUUCUGUUAACUCCAUGAGAAGACAUAUUGAUUCGCUUUCCCUUCCGAUUUUUCGAAUUUCGUUGGCCCUCUUUCUUCAACGAAUUCAUAUCACAAAAAGGAAAGGAUGGAUAAAUCAUGGAAUCAAGGGUUCUGAAUCCAUUCCUGGUAAUAUGUAUCGAAUGGCAUUAAUGGCUUUAAUUGAUGGCGAUCUUCCUGGUAUCAACAGGGAAAGGUUCAAUCAACGGAGAGGCGGUGAUGGAUAG